AUCAAAUUAUCUUAUUCCUUGACCUAAUUCGCGCAACAAUGGCAAGGCCACCUUUAAUCCAUCCCCUGUUGAUUCUCCUUGUUCUUCUUCAAUUCUGCACCUUCAUGAUGCUUACAUGCUCCGCCACUAGAAAGUUUGAUCAUAAGAACCACAGCAUAAACAAAAUGUACAUUAAAAAGUCAUGCGGAAACACAACCUAUCCCAAGUUGUGCUACAAAUCACUAGCACACCAUGCAGGCAAAAUCAAAGCAGACCCCAAAUUAUUAGCCCAAGCAGCCCUCAACACCACCUUCUAUGCUGCAAAAGCAACAUCAAAGAUGUUGAAGGAGAUGUCUAGAAUUCACGGAUUGAAGCGUAAUGAAGCUGCUGCAAUGUUGGAUUGCAUUGCAGAUGUCAGAGACGCGAUGCAGGAGCUGGAGAAGUCUACACGAGCGAUGGAUGUUGUUGAAGGCACCGAUGUUCAAACUAAAAUGAAUGAUGUUCAGAUGUGGGUGAAUACCGCGUUGGAGGAAGAGGAGACUUGCAUGAAUGCACUAUUUUCUAACAAGGCCAUCAAAGGAAAGGUAAAGAAUGGGGUAAGGAGACGCAUUCUGAUGGUUGCACACUUAACUAGCAAUGCGUUAGCUCUGGUUAAGAGCUAUGCCUUGGCUCAAAACAAUUCCACUUAAAACUUAAUUUGGUUCCCGGAAAUUGAAGUAAAAGGGAAAAGUUUAAAGAAGCUAAAAAAAUAAAAUAAAAUUGAAAAUAAAUAAAUAAAUGUUAUUUAUUUAUAUAUUAAGGCAAUUUCAGUAAAAGUUUACAAAAUAUAUAAAAUUAUGAAAGGAGUAAGCUUUGUCCUCUUAUUUCUUGUCCGUUGCUUCACAUAUAUUUUCCGGGGAAUAAACUUAACAUAAACGUCAAGGUCUUGUAAUUUAUAAAUGAUGAAUAAGUGCUUAUUUCACUA